AUGCUGCACUGCGGCGAUGGCACAGUUCAACCAAACUUCCUCCCUCCUCCGCCUGCUUGGACGUUAAGGCCACCUCCUUUCUGGGUUGUGAUUGGCAAGACGGGCGGAGCCCUUCGCAGCGAUUGGCGGGUACCGGAGGGAGGUGGGGUAGGUUGCGUGAAGGGUAAUAAAGUUAGUGGGGCUGCCUCGGUGCGCUUUAGACGCGGCAGCGAGUCGGCUCUCUAUGGAGGUGGCGGAGGGAAGUGUUGUGCCGUUGCUGCUCCUGCUGUGCCGUCGGGACCCGGGGAAGCUGACAAGGCCUUAGAGAAGAUUCUUCGUUGUCAAGCCGCCAAAGUGGAGAGUGCGAUUGCAGAAGGGGGUGCUUCUCGUUUCAGUGCUUCUUCAGGCGGAGGAGGUGGUAGGGGUGCACCUCAGCACUAUCCCAAGACUGCCAGCAACAGCGAGUUCCUGGGGAAAACCCCAGGGCAAAACGCUCAGAAAUGGAUUCCUUCACGAAGCACUAGACGAGAUGACGACUCCGCAAAUGACAAAGAACGACAUGAUGCAAUCUUCAGGAAAGUAAGAGGCAUACUAAAUAAGCUUACUCCUGAAAAGUUUGACAAGCUAUGCCUUGAGCUCCUCAAUGUGGGUGUAGAAUCUAAGCUUAUCCUAAAAGGGGUCAUACUGCUGAUCGUAGACAAAGCCCUCGAAGAGCCGAAGUAUAGCUCGCUGUAUGCUCAACUAUGUCUGCGACUGGCAGAAGAUGCACCGAACUUUGAUGGCCCAUCAGCAGAGAGUCAUCCAGGGCAGAAGCAAAGCACAACAUUCAGACGCCUCCUAAUAUCUAAACUUCAAGAUGAAUUUGAAAACCGAACCAGAAAUGUUGAUAUCUAUGAUAAGCACGAUGGUCCCCUCCUCCCUGAGGAGGAGGAACAGAGAGCCAUUGCCAAGAUCAAGAUGCUGGGGAACAUCAAAUUCAUUGGAGAACUUGGCAAGCUUGAUCUUAUUCAUGAAUCUAUCCUUCAUAAGUGCAUCAAAACACUUUUGGAAAAGAAGAAGAGAGUCCAACUCAAAGAUAUGGGGGAGGAUUUGGAGUGCCUCUGUCAGAUAAUGAGGACAGUGGGACCUAGAUUAGACCAUGCAAAAGCCAAGUCCUUAAUGGAUCAGUACUUUGCCCGUAUGCGCUCCUUGAUGUCAAGUAAGGAAUUGCCAGCAAGGAUUCGUUUCCUGCUGCAGGAUACUGUGGAGUUGAGAGAACACAACUGGGUUCCUCGCAAAGCUUUUCUUGACAACGGACCAAAGACUAUCAAUCAAAUCCGUCAAGAUGCAGUAAAAGAUCUGGGAGUUUUUAUUCCUGCUCCUAUGUCUCAAGGGAUGAGAAGUGACUUCUUUCUGGAGGGACCCUUUAUGCCACCCAGGAUGAAACUUGACAGGGACCCACUCGGAGGGCUUGCUGAUAUGUUUGGACAAAUGCCAGGUAGUGGUAUUGGUACUGGUCCAGGGGUUAUUCAGGAUAGAUUUUCACCCACCAUGGGACGCCAUCGUUCAAACCAACUUUUCAAUGGCCAUGGGGGUCACCUCAUGCCUUCUGCUCAAUCCCAGUUUGGAGAACUAGGCAAAUCUUUUCUGAAAAGUCAGGGGCAAAGCCAGCUCUACCAUAACCAGAAUCAGGGACUCUUAUCCCAGCAACAAGGACAGUCGAAGGAUAUGCCACCUCGGUUUUCUAAGAAAGGACAGCUUAAUGCAGAUGAGAUUAGCCUGAGACCUGCUCAGUCUUUUCUAAUGAAUAAAAACCAAGUGCCAAAGCUUCAGCCCCAGAUAACUAUGAUUCCUCCCAGUGCUCAACCACCACGCACUCAAACUCCACCGUUGGGACAGCCUCCUCAACUUGGUCUUAAAACAAAUCCACCACUUAUACAAGAAAAGCCUGCAAAGACCACCAAGAAACCACCUCCUUCUAAAGAAGAACUACUUAAACAAACUGAAGCAGUUGUGACUGAGUAUCUGAACAAUGGCAAUGCAAAUGAUGCUGUCAAUACUGUGAGAGAAAUGAGGGCUCCAAAACACUUCAUUCCUGAAAUGUUGAGUAAAGUAAUAAUUCAAUCUCUAGAUAGAUCAGAUGAAGACAAAGAGAAAGCAAGUACUUUGAUCAGCUUGCUCAAGCAGGAGGGAAUAGCUACAAGUGACAACUUCAUGCAGGCAUUCCUGAAUGUGUUGGACCAGUGCCCCAAACUUGAGGUGGACAUCCCAUUGGUGAAAUCCUACUUAGCACAGUUUGCAGCCCGUGCCAUUAUUUCAGAACUGGUGAGCAUUUCCGAACUGGCUCAACCACUGGAAAGUGGCACCCAUUUCCCUCUCUUCCUGCUUUGCCUUCAGCAGUUAGCUAAGUUACAAGAUCGGGAAUGGCUGACAGAAUUGUUCCAACAAAGCAAAGUGAACAUGCAGAAAAUGCUACCAGAAAUUGACCAGAACAAGGACCGCAUGCUGGAGAUCUUGGAAGGGAAGGGGCUUAGCUUCUUGUUCCCACUUCUGAAGCUGGAGAAGGAACUGCUAAAGCAAAUAAAAUCGGAUCCAUCCCCUCAAGCCAUCUAUAAGUGGAUUAAAGAUAACAUUUCACCCAAACUUCAUGUAGAUAAGGGAUUUGUGAAUAUAUUGAUGACCAGUUUCUUGCAGUAUAUUUCUAGUGAAGUAAACCCACCUAGUGACGAAUCGGAUUCUUCAUCUGCUCCCUCUAAAGAGCAGCUAGAGCAGGAGAAACAACUGCUUCUUUCCUUCAAGCCAGUAAUGCAGAAGUUCCUCCAUGACCAUGUUGAUCUGCAAGUGAGUGCUUUAUAUGCACUCCAGGUGCACUGCUACAACAACAACUUUCCAAAAGGCAUGUUACUGCGCUUCUUUGUUCAUUUCUAUGACAUGGAAAUCAUUGAAGAAGAAGCUUUUUUGGCAUGGAAAGAAGAUAUUACUCAAGAGUUUCCAGGGAAAGGCAAAGCCUUAUUCCAGGUAAACCAAUGGCUAACCUGGCUGGAAACUGCUGAAGAAGAAGAAUCUGAAGAAGAAGCUGACUAAAGAACCAGCCAAAGCCUUAAAUUGUGCAAACAUACUGUUGCUAUGAUGUAACUGCAUUUGACCUAACCACUGCGAAAUUUCAUUCCGCUGUAAUGUUUCACAAUAUUUAAAGCAGAAGUGUGUCAAUAGGAUAUCCUCUGCAAAAGGUUUUUGUAGUAUGUCUUAAUAGUCUACAAUAAAAAUAUUUUAGAGUAUCUUUAAUGUUUAGGUAACAGUGUAUUAGCAGCAUGCAAUAAUACAUCAUAAGUUCUCGAGCAGGAGCAGUCUGUUGCAAGGGUCUUCUUUGCCACCAGUUAUCAUAGGCUGUUUUUAAGUUAGAAAACUGAAUAGCAACACUGAAUACUGUAGAAAUGCACUUUGCUCAGUGUAAUACUUGAGUUGUUGCAAUAUUGAUUAUCCAUUUGGUUGUUACAGAGAAUCCUUAACUGUAAUCGAUGGUUGUUGCCGUAAUAGUAUAUUGCCUGUAUUUCUACCUCUAGUAAUGGGCUUUAUGUGCUAGGUUUUAAUAUCCUUGAGCCUGGGCAAGUGCACAAGUCUUUUUAAAAGAAACAGUUUACUUGCACAAAAACUCAUCAGCUGAAGAGAUGGUUUAAUGCCCUUUGGGAGAGGUUUUUUUGUGGGUGUGAAACAUGAAAUGGUGAGACAUUUGAAUUGGUCCCUCUAUUACAGUACUGAAAUUAAGUCUACUUAAUUUAUCAAGACAUGUUCAUGCCCUGAUUUUAUAUACUUGUAUCUAUCAAUAAACAUUGUGAUACUUGACUUGUUUCUUAGUAUUUCCCAGUAGAAGAGCUUUGACUGACAACUGGUUUACUCUCAAAGAAGGAAGCAUUAGUGGGAAUUGCCUGAGACUGGGACCAUCUCUUUUUUUUAAUACAAGUUGUCUUUAGCAUGCAAAUGAGUUCUAAAUAAGGUCACAGAAGAUUACACACUACAGAUCUGCCAUGACAGGAGGAAAAUGAAAUUGUGCUGAAGAAAUGGUAGGAGUUUGCCUGUGGUCUAAUGUAUGCUUUAUCAGCGAGUAUGUAUUUCGACAUCCUAAUGCUUUGGACUUAGCCCAGGUCACAUGCAUAUUUUUAAUCAACUGGCUCUGACUAUUAUUAGCUUGGCCAAAAAGAAAAAAAGGCAAGGAUUUAAUGAUGUUGCAUUGUACAGGCUUGAAAUGUCAUCUAUUAAAUACUCAAAGUACGUUACUUUCUAGAACCUUGUCCCUAGUGAAAUUUCUUCUUAUUGAGAUACUUGGACUUGUAAUUAUUGAAAGGUGAUGUUUAAUAGUGAAACAUUACUGUCUCCUUGACUGAAACUCGGGUUUGCCAGUAAUGGGUGUGCGUUACACUACGUACUGUUUUCUGCAUCAUGGGGGACAAGGAAGCAGAUACGUGAAAACAGAGAUCAUAAAAGGGCUUGCUUUGAGAGGAAGGACUAGUUUGCAUUUGUGCACCUUAAUGUGCUAUGACAGAAAGGAUCUGUUUCUCUGGUUUUGAUGGCAGUUUGCUGUGAAAGGCAAAGCAAGCUUCCUGACCAGCUGGGAAGUAUAUUCUUGUAUAAUUGCAAGUUAGGUGCCUUCAGAUGCCUCAGGAACUUCCUGUACAAUGUGUGGCCCAAUAAAUCUAAGGUCUGUGCUUCUGUAAACCAAAUGUAUUGCUAACAAACUCCUAGAGCACUUCAAUGCUGUCUUUGCUUUUCUGAAGCGUGGCUUAUCUAGUGCCACAGGAGAGCAGCAGGAUAGUCCUGUGGACUCUAGUUCAAUUGAGAAAGGAAAGCAUGAACUACAGUGGAGUGGUUUGAGGUCAGGAGCUGGCAGGUUUUGAUGUAGCUGCAACUCUUGUGUAACAAGUGAGCAGUGACAUCGUGAAAAUUCAUAAUGGUAUGGAGUUCUACCCUAGUCAUUAGGCCGAGUCAGCUUCGCAAAAGGCUUUGCAUCUCUAGAGUAAGGUGAAUGCUAGAUCUACAGGGGCUGCAGGGCUGCCUUUUGUGUUGGUACUUGGGUAAUGAUACUUCUCAACUGCAUGGCCUUUAAUACUCAUUCAGGUUCUGCAAUUAAGUACGUUUUACUGAGCUAGAGAAACUUAAAGUGUAGCUUGAAGGCUCAUUGAUUCCCAAUAACUCUGAAUUGUACAGUUUCACUUUGAGCAUAGCAAGAUGGGUAGCGUAGUGAAAUUCAGCCUUGUUUCAAUAAGGGUUGUGGUUCUCUCUGUUGGUUUAAUUGCUGUUUAAAUUCUCCUCUUUCAGCUGAUGAGUUCAGUGCUGCAGGCCACAAUAAUGCUACUUCUGUAUACUUCAGUUACAGCUUACUAGCUAACCUGUGCAUUUCCCCUGUGCUGCAGAGUGAAGACAGAGGAACCACAAGUCAUGAACAGUCCUAACUAGUAGCUUCCACCAAAAUACACUGUAGAGGUGAGAUUAAAAGGCAGCAGUACAAGAGGUGUAAGUAAAAACUUAAUAUGCAAGUUUCCCAGUUUUGGGAAAGGUUAAGCUAUAGGUAUUUCAAUAGAUAAAGCUUUAUAUUCAUGCCCAGUCUUGUUUGUAACUAGUCAUUAAGUUAGGAAAAGACUAAAAGUCCAAGAGGAUGUAACUGACCAAAGGUGGAAUAAAGCAUAGGGUGUAGAAAAUACUCCCCUAUCAAACAGUUGCAAAAAUCCAGUCUGAACAGACUUUUUUUUUUAAACUGACAUAAAAAGCUCUUAAUACUUGAGAAUGGUACUUCCAUAGCUGUUUCUAGUGCUUGACUGCAGUGCUGGUACCUACAUACAGUCUGGAAAAGGGGCUGACUUGUGUGGCUGUUAACUCUUGAGUUGCAUUCUACUCAUCUGUAAAAGAGAGCAUGUUCAAUUUCACCUA